UUUCUCACAUGCAAGAGUCUGUCCUGACAUUGCCUUCAUAAUAACUCCUUGUUUGAAAUGGGUGUAAUUUGCAAAACCAAAUCGGUAUUAACAUUAGCAGGAAGAAUAAUAAACGAGUCUGUUAGUUUCCUUGUCUUCUCUUUCCUCGACCUAGUUGAUUUUCUUCUGUGUUUUGUGUUCAAAGUGGCAGAUUUCUUCCUUGAAGCAGAAUGGAAGGCUUGCUAUUGUGCCUCAUCUAAACAAGUCAUUACUAACAGUGGCAAGAUCUUGGUCUCCGAACAAGGUGAAUCCGCCAAGAUCGUUUCUCUUACUUCAACCAAGUUACAGCUAGAGGAAAUCUCAGACACCCUUUACUCCCGCCGUUCGCUGUUAUCCGAGAUCUCAACCCUCACAAUUAAUGAGCUCAAGAAGCUCAGUAUAGAUGCCAGCUUCUCGCAACCGUGCGAGAAGAUGAUAAAGAAAGUGGCAGCGAGAUCAACCUUCACGGUUAACUCUACCAUCAUUGAGAUGCUACAGUGCAAAAUUGGAGGCCAGCAAUCUCAUCCUGUCCCAAGAUGGUCGGAUUGUGAUUGUGGGUUUUGCACUUCCUGGGCCUCCUCUAAUAAGGACACCCUCUUUGUUAAAACUCAAGAUCCAAAAGAUAAUAAGGCAAAGGAAGAUGUGUUGUUUAUACAUGGGUUCAUUUCAUCGUCAGCAUUUUGGACAGAAACAUUAUUCCCAAACUUCUCGACUGAAACUAAGUCAUCUUAUCGAUUGCUUGCUGUGGAUCUGUUGGGAUUUGGGAGGAGUCCUAAACCAACUGAUUCAUUUUACACACUUAGAGAACAUCUCGACAUGAUCGAGAAGUCAGUGCUCGAGGUCUAUAAUGUUAAAUCGUUCCACAUUGUGGCUCACUCCUUAGGCUGCAUUUUGGCCCUUGCCCUGGCUGUAAAACACCCUGGAUCCGUCAAGUCGCUUACCUUACUUGCCCCUCCAUGCUAUGAGGUGCCCAAGGGUGCAGAAGCUACACAAUAUGUAAUGAGAAAAGUAGCACCGAGGCGGGUUUGGCCUCCGAUGGCAUUCGGUACGUCGUUGGCUUGCUGGUACGAGCACAUUAGCCGCACCCUUUGUCUUCUUAUCUGCAAGAACCACCGCUUCUUGGAAUUUCUCACCAAACUUUUUACUAGAAACAGGAUUAGAACGUUCUUAUUUGAAGGCUUCUUUUGCCACACCCACAACGCUGCCUGGCAUACCCUGCACAACAUUAUUUGCGGCACAGCAGGCAAGCUAGAGGCUUACACCAAUGUCAUUCGCGAUAAUUUGAGAUGCCAAGUUACCAUUUUUCACGGCAAGGACGAUCAAGUCAUUCCCCUCGAAUGCACAUACAAUGUCAAGAAAUUCAUUCCUCGUGCCCGAGUUGAGGUUGUCGAAAACAAAGACCAUAUCACCAUUGUUGUUGGAAGACAAAAAGUCUUUGCUGGGGAGCUUGAGGAGAUCUGGAGGAGCUCAUCAAGUAAUUAAAUACAAAACCAACCACAAAAUAUUAUACAUAUAUGCUCAGGAAGAUUGGGUUUUAUGAUCAAUAUUAUUAGAUUCUUACCCACU